GGUCUGACUUCCUGCCCCGGGGCCUCAGGCUCUGGACACGAGCCAGGGAGGCGUCGCCCUGCCGCGUCGGAGCUGCUUCCUGGGCGCCGCGGGCGCGGACUGCGCGGGCUGCGCGGGUGCCGAGGAGCGCGAGGCGCGGGGAAGGCGCACCUGGGGUGGCCCUGGCGUGCGGGCGGCGACAUGGAGGACGGCGUGCUCAAGGAGGGCUUCCUGGUCAAGAGGGGCCACAUUGUCCACAAUUGGAAGGUGCGAUGGUUCAUCCUUCGGCAGAACACGCUGGUGUACUACAAGCUUGAGGGGGGUCGGAGAGUGACCCCUCCCAAGGGCCGGAUCCUCCUGGAUGGCUGCACCAUCACCUGCCCCUGCCUGGAGUAUGAAAAUCGACCGCUCCUCAUUAAGCUGAAGACUCAAACAUCCACAGAGUACUUCCUGGAGGCCUGUUCUCGAGAGGAGCGGGAUGCCUGGGCCUUUGAGAUCACUGGGGCUAUUCAUGCAGGGCAGCCGGGGAAGGUCCAGCAGCUGCACAGCCUGAGAAACUCCUUCAAGCUGCCCCCGCACAUCAGCCUGCAUCGCAUUGUGGACAAGAUGCACGAUAGCAACACCGGAAUCCGUUCAAGCCCCAACAUGGAGCAGGGAAGCACCUAUAAAAAGACCUUCCUCGGCUCCUCCCUGGUGGACUGGCUCAUCUCCAACAGCUUCACGGCCAGCCGUCUGGAGGCGGUGACCCUGGCCUCCAUGCUCAUGGAGGAGAACUUCCUCAGGCCUGUGGGUGUCCGAAGCAUGGGAGCCAUUCGCUCUGGGGAUCUGGCCGAGCAGUUCCUGGAUGACUCCACAGCCUUGUACACUUUUGCUGAGAGCUACAAAAAGAAGAUAAGCCCCAAGGAAGAAAUUAGCCUGAGCACUGUGGAGUUAAGUGGCACGGUGGUGAAACAAGGCUACCUGGCCAAGCAGGGACACAAGAGGAAAAACUGGAAGGUGCGUCGCUUUGUUCUAAGGAAGGAUCCAGCUUUCCUGCAUUACUAUGACCCUUCCAAAGAAGAGAACAGGCCAGUGGGUGGGUUUUCUCUUCGUGGUUCACUCGUGUCUGCUCUGGAAGAUAAUGGCGUUCCCACUGGGGUUAAAGGGAAUGUCCAGGGAAACCUCUUCAAAGUGAUUACUAAGGAUGACACACACUAUUACAUUCAGGCCAGCAGCAAGGCUGAGCGAGCCGAGUGGAUUGAAGCUAUCAAAAAGCUAACAUGACAAGGACCUGAGGGAACCAGGAUUCCUCCCUCCUACCAGAUGACACAGACAAGAGUUCCUGGAGAAUGGGAGUGUUAAGACUUUUGACUUCUUUGUAAGUUUUGUACUGCUUUGGAGAGUGAAUGCUGAAGAGUUCCUCAGAUUACAAACAGCAGUGGUGCCAUUUCCUUCCCCAUCUUCAUGUUACAAACCUGGAAAGGCUAGAACAGCCAUUAGGCAUCUUGACUUUUCCCCAGCAUCACAAACAGCCAUUUCUUCGGGCACCAAAGUAGGUUCCCUUUGUUGGAACAAUUACACUGGCCAUGCCAUAAUGUUGAAUAAAACUCUCUUAUGAGGUUCUCUCUUAACUUCUUUGGAAUUAGUAAAAGCUGACAAUUUGUUUCUAGCUAUUAGAAUCCCAUACAAAGUUUAUAGUUUUCGAGCAACGUUUCAAGUAUCUCUGUUAUUAAGACAUAGUUCAUCUUAAAGUGGGGAUGGUGGCCAAACUUUGUACAUUGAGAAUAUUGUUUUGCUUUAGAAAACAAGCCUGCAUAAAUAUUAUACAUUACAGAAGUCAUGGACUCUGUUGGAGAACAUAAUCAUGUAUACGAAAAAUACAUUACAUAGCUUUUCUAUGAAAAAUGGGCAUUUAGCAAUGCAGAGUAAGAGCGCUCUAAAGGACAGAAAAAGAUGUAAAUGGGGAAGAUUUAUAUCAAGGCAUUAAAUUUUGGUUUUAAAAUGAACAUAAGCUGAGACAAAUAGGUACCAAGAAACUUCACCGGUUGGAAGGUUAAUCUGUAGUGAAAAGUCUGUAUCAUACAAUACUUUUAAAGAACAUUUUUAUUACUUUCAAGUUUAUACAGUAAUCUGGCACAAGCUAUUGCCAGCAUUCUUGCCAAGUACAAAUGCUUGGACCUCCCCUUAAUCAACAGAUAAAAUACAUAACUUACAUUUAAGGGGAGUGGAUACUUCAAAGUGCUUAAGUAAAAAUUUGUUCUCUUAAAUAGUUUGAACUGUCCCUUGUUAGUCGUGUCUAAAACAUUGACCUGAAUAAUGAGAAAUCACAAGCUAAUGUUUUACUUACUCCUUAUAUGGUAAGAGACUACCUUUUAAAGCACCAUUUUCCAUUUGGCAUUUCACCAAGGUCUAAUGUCCCUGGAAUUAGUUUUUUUGUUUUGCCUUUUGAAUAUCGAUAGGUGUUCAUCUGAAUUAAACUACGUUUAGUUUGAUGGCUUCCUGCCUCCAAAUUGGCAACAGUGUACCUCACUUUGUAUGGGAGCUAUCAGGAUCUCCAUAGGUUGCAAAGUAGAUGACCAUUACCUUGGGGUUGGGGCAAAUCAGUGAACAAGUCUUGGCAAGGUACUGGCAUUUGUAUUUUUAAAAAAAUCUCUAGCCAUUUUGUUCUUGGUGUAAAAGUAGAAUGGCUGGAGUAUGGCAGCUGAGUAAUAACUGUUCUGCUUAGCAUGAUGUAGUGCUUAGCAUGUCUCUAUGGGUCCAACUUUGAACAUUAUUAAGAACUGGUUUGUCUUGUUUUGCUAUAACUGAUAUGAAAAAUGGUUUGGGUGGGGCAUGGUGGCUCACACUCUUACAGAGGCAGAGGCAGGAGGAUAGCUUGAGCCCAGGAUUUCGAGACCUGCCCAGGCAAUAUAACACCAUUUGCCAAAGAAAAAAAGUGGUUUGAAUAUUCAUAUUUCUUCCUGGCCAUUACUGAUUUUCAAUUAAUUUAUGCAUAAAUGAGACCCAAACUAUCACUAAUUCUCAGCUAUAUGAAUUGAUAGCCACUUGACAUCAAUGAAAGGUACAGUAGGGAGUAGAUGAAAUUGUAUUUUUAAUGAAAAGGCUUUGAUGGGAGAUUCAAGAUUUUUGGUUUUUUUUUUUUUGAGACAGGGUCUUGCCCUGUCACCCAGGCUCGAGUGCACUGGAGUGAUCACAGCUCACUGGCCUCAAGUGAUCCUCCUGCCUUGGCCCCUUAAGUGCCAGGGUUACAGGCAUGAGCUACCAUGCCUGGCAGAAAUUCAAGAUUUGGAUAAACUUACUUCUUUGCCAAGCCUGUUCCUCAAGUUAUUCAGAACUGGGUGUAUAACUUGUCCUCAUAUCUAUCUUGUCCCUGCUGUCUUUUAGGUUAGCAAGGUGUAUGAAUACUUUUAAGUUUUGUUUGUUCUUUUCCUCAUGGUAUCAGUGAAAUACUGAUCUAUUCUCUGGCUAGGGUCAAUUUACAAAAUUGCCAUGGAACUGAGCAAAAGGCCCACGUGGGAUAAAAAUCACUCACCAUCGACGCCACCAGUAUUUUUCAAGUUAUGGCUUUUGAAGUAUAACAAAUUUCAGUAAACAAAAUCAAAAGAAAAAAUUCCUCUGCGUACAACAAAGAAGCACCUGUUGUAUUUUGAAUGCAUUCUUCAUGUUGCCAGCUUUCUAAACUUGUUUUUUUGAUGCCUCAACAGACAGAAGUGAAAAUUAUAUGCCACUCUUAAGUACAUCCAGGUUCUCCUCUACAUAUUCCCAAUAUGGAAUGCUGGCUAGCAAUCAUGGCACUCUCUCAGAAACCAGCCACUGGAAGUUAAAACUUCUGGAUUUCAAAAGCUAGUACAGGCUGCUAAAUUUAACAAAGGAACAAACCUUCAUAAA